CAAGGAACAAUUUUAUUCUCAUCAUAAUUCGAAUUGAAUUUUGAACGUUUUGGAGUUAAGAAUAUUGCAUCUACACACAAUCAACAAGAACAUUAAAACCGUUUAGUAUUAUAAAAUAACAUUAUAAAUUAUCAUCAUCAUCACCAAACAAUAUGAAAUUAGUAAAGAAAGAUAUUGCGGCAAAGGACGGAGAAGGCUACGUUGAAUUAAUACCGGAAAUUGAUGAAGAUUUCUGGCACAUGUAUCAUAUUAUUGCUAUCAACGAUAGAGUGAGAGCAACCACCAUUCGUAAAGUUUCAAAGGAAACUAACACUGGUCUCGUCUCCAAUGAAAAAGUCAAAAUUACAAUAACUAUUGCCGUAGAAAAGAUUGACUUUGAUCCGAAUGGUGGAUCUUUCCGUGUUUCAGGAAAAAACAUUUCUGAAAACAAGUACAUUAAACUUGGUCAAUAUCACACAUUUGAUUUGGAAUUGAAUAGAAAAUUGUCUAUUUCUAAAGGAAGAUGGGAUCAAGUAUUUUUGGAUCGAAUUGAAGAAGCUACAGACAUGACUAAGAAUGCUGAUUUGGGUGCCGUAAUUAUGAGUGAAGGAAAGGCCCAUAUUUGUAUCAUUUCUCAACAUAUGACAUUGGAAAAACAAAAAGUUGAAAAGAGUAUUUCAAAGAAGAGAUAUUCUGCUGAAGCUCACGAAAAUGAUUUGGGUAAAUUCUUUGAGGCCAUUAUGAGAGGUAUUCAACAACAUUUUGAUUUUGAAAUUGUGAAAUGUGUCUUGUUGGCCUCUCCUGGUUUUACUAAUGAACAAUUUUUUGAAUAUAUGGUCAAGACAUGUCAACAAAAGGAAAAUAAGGAAUUACUGGCUCACAAGGAUAAAUUUGUUCGUGUUCACUCCAAUACAGGACACUUGCACUCAUUGAAAGAAGUCUUACAAGAUGAAUCUGUCAUGAAGAGAUUGGCUGAUACAAAGGCUGUCAAGGAAGUUAAGGCCUUGGAGGAAUUUUACACUGUCUUGGCUAAUGAUCCAAAUAAGGCUGUCUAUGGUCCUAAACAUGUCAUGAAAGCUGCUGAGCAUGAUGCUAUUGACACAUUGUUGAUUACUGAUGAAUUAUUUAGAUCUAGUGGUCUCAAGGAAAGAACAGCAUUUGUGAGAUUAUGUGAAAAUGUUGAAAAGACCAAUGGUAAGGUCUUUAUGUGUUCUGCCAUGCACGUUGCCGGUGUUCAGCUCAAUAAUAUGACAGGUAUUGCUGCUAUUCUGAGAUUCCCAUUUACUGCUGAUGAAGAUUCUGAUGACAGUGAUAGUGAUGAUAGUGACGAAGAAGAAAUUUAAAUUAUUUGUAAAUAAAUUCCCUAGUUAAUUAAU